UAUGUAAUCCAAUUUAUCUAUUGCUAAUACACUAUCUCAAAUUACUAUCUAUCAUGCAACCCUAAAAUCAAGCAUUUUCCUUCAUCUAUUCUAUCUUCUUCUAUUGUUUUGCCUAAAAAACAAUUUAGUAUUUAGGAUUUGAUAAAAUUUUACCUUUUAACAUUUGUAAGAAAUUUAUUAUUUUAAUAAUANAUGUAUUUAUAAUUAGCCAGAUUUCUACUUAAAAUUUAUAAUUAAGCCAAAUCAUCAUCUAAGAAAAUUAAUGAAACAUAUUUUGGAUUAUUUAAUAGAGUAUUUAAUAUAAAUAUCAUUUUAGCUUUAAUCUAUUUCUGAUUAUAAAUGCACUUCAUUCACUAGAGAAUAAAUCCUUUUACUUUUAGAAUCCAAUGUUAUACAUUCAAUUUAAUAUACAAAUGAUAAAAUGAUGACUCAUAUUAAUAAUGGAUAAGAUCCUAAAUCUGUUUGGGAUUAUAAAGUUGGAACUGAUUUAUGGAAUUCUGCAAAUAAUUUCAUAGAAUAUUACAAAUAUAUUAGUUUCUUGUAAACUAUUGAUUCAACUGAUAAUAUCAAUACUAAAAAGGUCUUGAGAGAUCUAGCUGAUCUAUUUGCUGCUAGUAUUUUAUUAGAUGGAUCAAGUACUUUAAUUGAAAAUGGUGUUAUUAAUGUAGAAUCUAUUAAAUUAAUAAGAGAAUUCUAUACUUUGUAAUUGUCAAUUAUUAAACCUGAAGUAUUUUAUAAUUAAUAUUUAGGCUAUUGGCUUGGUUGAAGCUUUUAGAUAUAAUGAUGCCUCUUUAAGAACAACUAUAGGUUGCUCAGAUGGAUAGCCAUAUGAAAAAAUAUAUCAUUCAGCUGUUAAUGAUAAUUCUUUAAAUAAAUACGAUUUUAAACCAAUAAUCAAUCAGCUCAAAAACAUAAAAGCCAGAUUGUGAAAAUCAAUAAAUAACAAAU